AUGCCAAGUAAUUCGAAUAGAAAACGUUAUCGUCGAUCUUCUCUUCCUAUUACCGAUCAAAAAUCGAUACACAGCUGCUCAUCACCGAGUAGAACGAUUAGUUCAACACACAUUCUCUAUUCCCCAUUACAAUCUAUCAAUAGUAGCAGUCGUCAACAUGGUCGAAAAUCCUCUCAUACAAAAAAUUGUUCAUCAACACCAAGACAAAUAUCAAAUACGUCACAACAAGACAAACAUAAAAAUGGUUCUCGUCGUCGACAUGAUUUCAAACAACCUGAAGAUAGUCGUCCAUGUCUUAAUCAUUCACGCGAUCCUCCUUAUCGUCGGCAUUAUCGAUCAUCAGCUUAUCAUCAGUGUCAACGACGACGACUAAGUUCUCAUUCUUCUAGUUACUCAAUUCCUCCUCUAUCUAACGAACGAACAACAUCACAACGUAUUGAUUUAAAUCGUUUAGCAAGUUAUUCUCCAGGUCGACAUAAUUUCUAUGCACGAAAAGAUGAUUAUCGUCCUUUACAACAUCGUGAUUCAUCUUUACUUGAAUCUUAUAAUCGGAGUCGGUUUAGCAGUCGAACAACAAUGUAUUGUGCAUGGGAACGUCAUAGAAGUCGAAAUGGACGAAUAUACUAUUAUAAUACUGAAACUGACCGAUCACAAUGGGAAAAACCAGCUAAAUGGAAUAGUCAAGGCUGUAGAAAACAUCGUUACUCAAUUGCGAGUGAUAACGACGAUUUAUUUUAUGCGCUAGCUGAAAAUCGUCAAGUUGAACAACAAGAACAUGUUUUAUUACGUAGAAAAGUUCAACAAAAAGAAAAUUUAUGCUGUAAACCUGCUUUAGCUGGCUGUCAUAUUUUCCGGUCAUCAUUUGAAGAACAACGGCGUCGAUACGAAGAACUGUUUCGACAUCGAUCAACAGACUGUUCAGCCCAUCCGUAUUAUUAUUCUCCUAACCAUUUAUCACCGUACAAUGUUGAACUUCAUCCACCAUCACCAGAUACAGAUAAAGAGAAACGAGAGAAAAAGAAAAAGAAAAAGAAAAAACAUCGUAAACAUAAAAAACGUCAUCGUCAAUCAUCAAAAUCUCUCCAACCUUCUACAACAGCAAGUUCUAUAUCUGUUCGAGUUCUAACCGAAAAUAGUGCACAAACUUCACCAACGAGUCAGCCAACAGGGGCAAUUAAAAGACAAAUUGAAGGACCCCGUUCCUCGUCUCUCUUAAACGAUCAUAUAACAUGUGAGGCUAUUCAAUAUUAUGCCGCUUUUUUCAAACAACAGCAGAAGUUACUUCAAAAUGAACAGUUACAACAGCGACACAGUAAUACAGAACAAUUAGGACGAUUAAUAGGAGGAACUCCAACCUCUGACAAACAAAUACUCAUAACACUAAACCAAACUCCUAUCCUCAUGCCAAAUUUUAUUUCAUCACCUCAAAUGUCAUUAAAACGAAAAUAUGAAACGAUAAAACAGGAAAAUCAACAAAAAGAUAAAUACGAACAUUUCACAAUGAAGCUGAUUUCCACCAGUGAAACAGCUAAAUUGACUAUUUCUAAUUCAUCUCGAUCAACAUCACAACUACCACCACCACCACCACCAUCAUCGUUGGCGAUGAUCGAUUCAGCUACAAAUUUCGAAGGAUUGAAAUUGAAUCUUGCUGAAUGUAAAUCGCUGCUUAUAAAACCAAGUAUAAGUCCAAGCAGUACAGUAGUGAUGAUGAUGCCGCCGCUCACCUCUCAAGAUAUCAUUGAUUCGAUACAAGAUGAUGUUGAACAACCAUCACCAACUAUAUCACAACAAACAUCUACAAGUCCAACACAAACAAAUAACUUAUCAACAGAUAUUAAAAAGUAUUACCGUGCUGAAUUGAUUGAACAUUUACUAAAUUGGCCAUCAACACCAUUGGAAAAAGAUGCAUUGCGUAUAUCAAAUGAUUACUAUCGUUAUUCAACAUCAUUAGCGACACUAAGAACAGAUUUGUUCCUAAAUAAACUUAAAUAUCAAUGGGGAGAAAUCCAGUCAUGUAAAUAUCGUGGUAUAUUGAAAUAUUGUAACUUGGUCAUGAAUGAAUUACAAAAAGUAGAUAAUCAAACAACAUCGACGAUCGAACAAAAUACAACAAAAAAUAGUCUAAAUUCAGGCGUACAACUUACUAUAAAUACAAACAAUACAGUUUUUUGA